AACAUUCCCGCCCGCCUCUCCCGCUGACCCCCGACCCCCGCGGGGGGCGGGCGCUGGGCUGCCCAGAGUUGAAUAAGCGACUCUUGUCAUUUUAUAUGAAGACAACCUUUGGUGGAUCAUUUGCAGUCUCUUCUUGCUACUGCUUUGAAGUUUCAUCUUCCUUGUCAAGAUCUGGAAGUGCAGCUCAGGAUGUUUGUGCCCGCAAAUCAGUAGUAGGAUGAAAAGAUGCUUUUGACGGGAGGGUUGAAAUCUCUCCUUCCCCAUGUGCUCAGAAGAAUAAUUCAGUGCAACAGACUCAGUAGUAGUAAUACUUCUGGAAUGGCAGAAGGCUAUAAACGGGCCAAUGUUGUGAUUUUGCACAAGUCCCUGGCUGAUGACUUUGAGAAGUUCUGCCAUGCAAAUGAUGGACCCCUGCCACUGCUGUACAGAAGCCAACCAGGUGACUGGAAAUGUCCUUCCCUGAGUGGUGAUUCUGAUAUCAGAACUGACUGCCUACAGUACAGAAAAUACGAGCAUGGAGUUUGUACUGGAUCACUGAAAAGCCUUAAGGAGUAUUCUGAGCAACUCAAGGACAUGGUGACUUUUUAUUUAGGCUGCAGCUUCUCUGUUGAAAAAGCACUCCAAAAAGCUGACAUUCCUAUCAGAAACGUUGAGCAAAAAUGUAAUGUAAGCAUGUACAAAACAUCUGUGCCUUGCUACAGCAUUUCUAUGUUUCACUGCAACUUGGUAGUCACAAUGAGACCUAUUCCUGAAAGCAAGUUGGGAGCAGCUGUUCUAGCAACGUCUGAAUUAAAAGAAGCCCAUGGAGCACCAAUUCACAUCGGUGACCCUGGUCUGCUGGGAAUACAAGAUCUUUCUAAACCAGACUAUGGAGAUCCCGUUCACCUUCACCCUGGUGACAUUCCAGUGUUUUGGGCCUCAGGAGUAACAGGAGUAGAAGCAAUUAUCAACUGCCGAGCUCCGUUAGCUUUUACUCAUUCUCCUGACUGCACGUUCAUUACCAACCUAGAGAAAAGUAAUGUCAGAUCCUCAGGAGGAGUCCCACAGGUCCACUGCAUCUCUCAAGAUCCACUGCAUUUCAGCAUUGUGUCAGCAGAAGCAGCCCAAAAGAUAAAGACCCUAGAGACCCUAAUUGGAAUAGAUCCAGGCCAGCGGGGUAUAGGGCACCUGCGGCGCCAGGGUGAGCUGCUGGGGGCCUGCCUGGCCCUGUCGCACGCGGGCUCCGUGCUCCUCACCACGGGAUUUCCCACCCACUGGAGCCACCAGCCGCCCGAGGAGAACGACGGCCCGCCGGGAGCCCUCGCCAUCGCGGCCAUGCUGCAGGCCCUGGGGAAGCGGGUUGCCAUGGUUACAGACCAGCGAGCCAUGGAGCUGAAUAACAAGAUUAUUGAAGAAGCUGUUCAACUGGGAAUCCUGAAGAACCCCAUCCCUCUAUUGAGUUAUCAAAGGGAAAGUGCCAAUUCAGCUUUAAUGUUUUUGUGUGAGAAUGGGAAUCCUGGAAGACCUAGAUUUGAUCACCUGGUGGCAAUAGAGCGUGCUGGGAUGGCUGCUGAUGGCAAUUACUACAAUGCCAGGAAAGUGAACAUUAAACAUCUCGUGGAUCCCAUAGAUGAACUAUUUUUAGCUGCACAGACCAUUCCAGGAAUCACAACAACAGGUAUUGGAGAUGGAGGAAAUGAACUAGGAAUGGGCAAAGUAAAAGAUGCUGUAAAGAAGCACAUAAAAAAUGGAGAUGUUAUAGCUUGUGAUGUUGAAGCUGAUUUUACUGUUGUAGCUGGGGUCUCUAACUGGGGUGGCUACGCCGUGGCCUGCGCCCUGCACGUGCUGCGCUGCUGUGACACCCACGGGCGCUACCUGCGCAGAGCCCUCGGCCUCCCACGCGCGCCCGGCCACAGCCGCUGGCUGCCCUCCGUCCCCAAGGAAGAAAAGCUUCUGAAAACACUUGUGCAGCUCGGGGUCCGCAGUGGCAUAACUGCAAGUCUGGUGAUGGAAGUGGAUGGGCUGCCCUUCUACAGCACCCAUUCACUCAUGAUUGAGCAGCUGCUGCAGGAAGCACAGCAGUGACUGCCCCUAAUGAUUUCUACAUGAAGAGUUGCUCCCAUGUCAUUCCCUUAUUUUUGAGGCUCUCUCAAGGUGUAAAAAAUCAGGAAAAGAUGACUUUUUAUCUCUGGACCACACACAGCCUUUCAUUGUUAUCUUUACAACAUCUCUGUGAAACAAGAAGAGGAUAUCAUCCACUUGGUUUGCCUUUCUUACCUUUCUUUUUUGUAAUUUUAUAAUGGAAAAUUGAAUU